AUGGUCUUGAACGUGGCUUCGCGGGGUGCAGGUGCUUUCCGGCCCCUUCACCUUGCUAAAGUCCUCUUUCAUCCUCGUGUCGCUUUCAUCCACGGCCACGCUCGACGUAUCUCUCCAGCUACUAAUGGCCUUCUGUUGAACCCAGCUACCAAGGGUAUCUUUCCUGUGGGAGUGCGUGCUGGUAGUCUGAUCAACUCCUACGCUACUACUGCUGGUCGUGGUCGUUCCAAGCCAGGAGCUGAGAAGAAGACGACCAAGAGCACCAAGACUGGCAAGAAGGCCGCCCCUAAGAAGAAGACAGCUAAGAAAACCACGACCACGUCCAAGGCUAAGGCCAAGCCCAAGCCGAAGAGGAAGGUGUUGACGGAGAAGCAGAAGGAGGCCAAGAAAGCUAAGGAGUUCCGCGAGAAGGUUAAGGAGCUCAAAGCCACUGCUUUGGAGCCUCCAAAGAGGCUCCCAGAGCAGCCUUGGACUGUCACCUUCCAGGGUGUGUAUCCCGAAGCUGCGAAGAACAACGAAAAGGGUGUGGCGUCGUUCAAGGCCGCCGUGGAAUUGGCGAAAUCGAUCAGCCCGGAGCAGAAAGAGAGAUAUGUUGCUGCCGCCCAUGCCAACAAAGCCUCCAACAUUGCCGCCUACGACGAAUGGCUCAAGAAACACACUCCUUUGCAAAUCAAAGAAGCGAACCACGCCCGCCGGAGACUGGCACAGCUCGGAAAGGCUUCUCUUCCCCAACUUCACGAUGACAGAUUGGUCAAGCGCCCGAGAACAGCAUACCUCUUGUACUUUACCGAACGGUUCGAACAUGGCGAUUUCAAGCACAUGGGUGCAAAGGAUAUGAUUACUCGGGUGGCAGAGGAAUGGAAGGGUUUGACGGAUGCCGAAAAAGUGAAAUACCAAAAACUGCAGGCGAAUGACAUUGAACGUUACAGGAAAGAGUACAAGCAGACAUAUGGUCAGGAUGCUUGA